AUGGAAAAUAUUGUCCGAGAUUCCCGAAACAAAAGCAACACCGAGGACACGCCUAUUCGCGCAGAUGUUUCUUUGGAUCAACACCGUUGCAUAGAUGAGCUACACACGGCGAUCAAAUGCAACAAUUUAGAUGCCGUGGAAACGCUCCUCGACAAUCAUGCUAUCCUCGAAGCUGUGUUCGUUCACCAGUUCAAAGACGAACAUACUGUUCAGAACGACGUGACUCCCCUGAUGCUUGCAGCAGAAUCGGGUCACAGAGAAAUUGUCGAGCUACUCUUAAAGAGAGGGGUCAAUAUCUAUGCAACCACAGAUACCAACUUAACCGCUCUACAUCUUGCCGUGCAGCAGGGUCAUGAAAGCAUAGUCGAAAUCCUUUCUGAUAGAGGCGGGACAGAACUCCUGGAAAUGACAACCAUUGCAGGUCGAACGUCUCUUCUUGCCGCAUCAUGCAAGGGCUAUGCUUCUAUUGUCAGAUUGUUACUUGAUAAGGGGGCUGACAUCGAUGCCAUGGAAGCGAUGGACCAAUCAGACUAUAAGGAAAUUUGGGAAAUCAUAACCCAAUACGAUACUUCCGCUUUUACCCUCGCAGCCCAAGGGGGGCAUGUCGCUGCGCUCGAUGUUCUACUCUCCCGAGUAUCAACACCCAAAUUUGAAGAUGCUUACGGUACUCAAGCACUGCAUUCUGCAGUACAACAUGGGCAACUUGCUGUGGUAGAAUAUCUUUUGAAGGAUCACAUUGGUCUCCUAAAUUCACGGGGUGCUAAAGGUCGAACAGCUAUCUCUGCUGCUUUGGAGUACGGGCACGCGGAUAUUUUUGAGUAUUUGCUUAACAAAGACGCAGACCUAACCAUAGAUACGACUCUCCAGUAUGCUGUCAUGCAUAGACAUCUCGGGGCUGUUGAGAAAGUCUUGACAAAGCAACCUAUUCUCCUGGACUCGGUGGAUGAACUGGGUACAUCAGCUAUCUGUUGCGCCUUGACCAACGAUCACUUGGAUAUUUUUAAUUUAUUGAUUGAUAUGGGGGCAGAUCUAACCACCCGGGAUUACUGGACUGACACGGUUCUCCAUCAUGCUGCCAGGCGGGGUCAUCUCUCGGCCGUUAAGAAAAUCUUGGCCAGAGAACCUAGUCUCCUGAAUUUGAAGGGUCGAGGUUCGCAAACGGGUCUGAUCUCCGCUUUGUGGUCCCGCCAUCUGGCGGUGGCUAAGUAUCUGAUUCAGCAAGGCGCGGAUGUAACUUUAGAAGCCGACUUCAGGCAUACUGCAUUGUAUCUGGCCUGCCAUCUAGGAUACCAAGAGAUCAGUCAACUCAUUCUCAAAAGCCUGACCUUUGACCGUUUCGAUCCACAUUACAUCAAGACAAUAACUGUGUUCGACAAGCGGAACCCUCCGCAUGAUACAGUCUUGAUGACUGCUACUACAGGAGGUCGUAUCCCGAUUGUGUUUCAAUUGUUGGAAGCGGGGAUUUAUUUCCCACGCUUUCCUGCAAAGGCCGAUCCUUUUUGGUCUUGCAUUGAGGAGGCUAGUUUGCUUCAGCCUUUUCUAUCGGAAUUGGUCGAUAGGAAGUCCGAGGAGAUCAAUGAGCACGGAGAGACAAUCCUAUACUGGGCUAUCUUGAAUAGACAGGAGGAGCUGUUCAGCAAAUGCAUGGGCAAAAUACAGAGUCUGCGAACUCUCUGGGAAAGGGGAGGGGCCUCUUGGGCGCACGUAGCGGCGCUGGGUGGGCAUACCAGGAUCUUAGAGCAACUGCUCCUGAACGGACUUUGCACGCUAGCCCCAACUGAUGAGAAUAUCACACCUCUGCACUUGGCCGUUAAAUACGGUCACAUUGAGUUGGUCAGAAAUAUCCUAGUCUGGCUUGGCGGAUCCCCUACAACCUAUCAGUCUGUUGGCCCUGGAACGGAGACCGAGAAGAUCGCUGUUUUACGUGACAUUCUCCACGAAGAAGACCAUGUUCUGGGUGCUAUUAUUCGCAAGCAAUAUGAUGGUCAUACGCCAAUCUCACUAGCAGCAUUGGGGACCACGGAAAGUCAUCGUCAAAUGGAGGUCCUUUUGUGGCAGACAAUAGACAACUACAUCGAAAAGACUGGCCUAUUUUUUAAGCCAUUAAAUGGCGAUGCAAAACUUGUCCUGGAGCUGGCUGCACAAUUCGAGGCCCCAGGGGAGGAAACCUAUCUCUCGCGCUUUCUCCAAUCGAUACCUCGCUCUGAUCCCUCUGAAACAGGUGGGCUUGAUGCUUUCCACUUGGCUGUGUACCAUAAGCUGCCUAUUGUUGUUUGGUGGCUUCUUUCCAAUGGGUGGUACCUCAGCGGGAAUCACAUUGAAAAAGGACAGCAAAUUAUCUCCAAGUGGGAACAGGAUGAUCCAGUCGGCAACAUAAUGAAGGAAAUUCUCGAGAACCCUCCUCCUCUCCGAGAUCAUCAUGCUUGGAGAUACGACGAAAAUCAGCCAACAUUCCAAUUUUCAUCCGAGGAUUACGGCCUCCUCGAGGGGACAGUAUUGGACCUUUAUCAUGAGGAGCACCAGGCUUCCAUCCAGCUCAAGCGCCGUUCAAUGGCUGCUAUCAUAUACGACGAAGGUCCUCAGAAGAUCAUGAAGCCUGGUCGGUAUCUCGAUCUCGAUUCGCUCAAGGGAGUGCUUUCUACCCUGGGGGAGUCCUCGAACAAUAUACCGAAUAAGCGAGAAACCACUGCUGUGUUGGGUAUGCAGGGAGAACCUGGCUCUGAGAAACAGAGAGUGCCAGACUUGAGAUGGAUUCAUGUCCCCGCAAACAAUCUGCGCUGUGUCGAAGAACUCAUGAUCCGACUUUCCCAAGAUCGACAAAUUAAGAACAAAGAUCACCGCCCUUGGGCACAAUUUGUACGCAAAAGUUGGGCUGAACUACCUGCCGGUGGAAACACGUUCUACAUGAAACCACAGUGUCUUCAUUAUAAACGGUCUGACACAGCCUACGAUGGCCAGGUUAGCGUUGAUGCCCAUGAGAAGCGUACAGAUAUCAGGGCCAAUAACAAAUCUAGCCACAUCUCGAAUUUCGGCAGAAGUGCUUUAUACAUGCCCUAUCUGUUUUGGAAGAAAUGCCCAGUCGAGCGCCCUCGGAGUACAAACACAGACCCUGUCCAACAGGCUAAAGUCCCGACUGAUACGCAGAAUAAGAUGACCCAUUCUCCUAAGAUCACUCCAUCUACCCAAGGACGACACAUUGUCCAUGACUCCAUGACCCUCGAUCAGUAUUACUAUUCAUCUCUUGAAGACACCACGACAAGAGACAAAGAUCAAGUGCUGUGGCGUAGCACAGAUCCAAAGCUCAAGCAGGCAGAAAGCAAGAGCGGGACGGGAUUAAAACAGCUGGACAACCAGCAAGCGAACGAUUAUUCUCAACCAAAGGAUGAUAUACGCAAGAUUCUCAUCGUGAAUCAGCUUUGGCUUUGGGUACUUGACGAAAAGACCAUUAUCACAAGCACAACAAACGAGAUAGAUAAGACAGAAAGCAGUUUCCUUCAACGGGUUUUGAACAACCUUCGAGCUCAGGAAAAGAGCUCUUCGAUAUUGGUCGAAAACAUCCAAGAACUCAUCCUCAGUACGGCUACAAGCUUUUUUAACAAGAAGGAUGUUGAAGUAUUGGGGAACAAGAAAUCGCCUUUGGGGGUCUAUCGUGCAGCUAUCUUGAACGUGCGAGACAAGGAAGCACAUUUAUUCGAUGUAUUCCAAAAGUCACUUGGUAAUACAGUGACAGACGAUGAGAAUCAAACAAAUACCUACGAAUGCACUAACAGGCCUCCAAUGGAGAACAAGGAACCUGGUGAAACACAUGAUACAGAACAGGAGGCUGGACUCAUUACUCGCUUGUUCAAUACCAAGCAUGGGUCUUGGAAAGGAAGAGAGACAUAUAACCCUUACGGCGACAUCGCCGGCGAGACAGAGCUCCUCCGAGAAGUCAAGGACAUUUGUGAUGAACUGAACAUGAUGAAGUCCCUGGCCCUUGACCAAGAAAGUGUUUGGAAGCAAAUCUGGAAGGACGGCUCCAACCCAGAUGCUACGUUUACCUACAACACACCUUCGGAGGUCAAGAAAGAGAUUACGGAAAUGGUCAAAGAGGCCGAGUUUGUACAAAAGGCUAUUGACAUGCUGCUCGACCUAAAGCAGAAGCAAGCGAAUAUCGUCGAAGCUGAGUUCGCACGAAAGCAAAGUGAAGAUACCGCGAAGCAGAGUGAUACGAUCAUGGUGUUCACAGUCGUGACAAUUCUCUUCCUACCCGCUUCUUUCCUAACAAGUCUCCUUGCUUUGGACAUAUCUGAUUUCCCUCAUGUCGGUGAUGAUGUCCGCUUUGAAGGACGCAUGAUAUUCCCUAUUAUCUGUGAGUUCUCACCCUACUACCUGUGGCAUGGAGCAUUGUCUGAUAAUUUGUUCUAA